AUGACUUCUACUGCAACUCCGCAGAAUUCGACACAGGCGACCAACACUGCAGCCCACUCUUAUGCGUCCGCUGCCAGUGCGUCGAAGAAGCCUGCUAAUCCCAACACUGUAGUUGCCUCGGGCUCUACUCCUGCCCCUGUCGUCGUCGGCUCGUCCGCCAAAUCUGCUUCCCCAGCGAACGGCAGACCCGCCAUUCCCCCAGCUGUCCCCGUAGUUCACGGCUCUGUGAACGGCGGCACGGCUGACCACGCUCGAAAGCCCUCCGUCACCAUUAGCGCUAAUGCUUCGGCAGCUUCAACAACGAUCCUGAGCGUCACAUGCGACAGGCGUCUAUCCCCCAACAACCCGGCUCUCCACAACCAGCCUCUUCACACGAGGCAAGGCUCCAACAUUUCCAUGGCUAGCACUGGCGAUAUGGGCAACCAGGGCAUGCCUGGCCCCAACCGUGGCGGCUACCACCACGGCGGACGCGGCCGUGGCUAUAACAACGCUCCCUACAACUCCCAUCCCCAGACCGGAUACCCUCCCCAGGGCUCUUUCCGAAACGGUCACGGACAGGGUCGGAACUCGAUGGCUCCCGCUUUCCAGCCUCAGCCUCCUCCUCGUUAUGCCAACAGCCCCCAGCCGACUCGUGGCAGCCCUGCCAUGAUGCCCUCUAACCCCAACACACCGAACAUGGCGCCUGCGAUGCCUGUUCAAACUCCUCCUCAAUUUUAUGCCCCUCCCAUGGGCGCGCAACCUAACAUGCCUCCCUAUGGAUAUCCUACUCCCGGCGCCGUCAACCAGUACCCCGGGCCCAUGCAGCAUAUGGGCCCUACCGCUAUGUCUCGAACUCCUUCUACCUCUGAAAAGCCUAACCUUGGUGCCGGUCCCGGCGGCCAGCCCGUCGUCGUCUCAACGCCCCAGAUGUCUCAGGCCCAGGGUAAGCCCCCUGUGGUUUCCGGAUCCGGUAACUCACUUGCCCGGCCCAAGAAGAGCGCUGCUAUCGUCAUCAAGAGGCCCGAUGGCGAGAUUGUGGACGUAGCCAACAUCAAGUCGUCCUCUCCUGCCCCUACUAGCAGGACCCCUCCUGUAGUUUCAUCCACCGCUACUCCUCCCACAAAGCCCUCGACACCUUCCCACACGCGCACUGAGUCCGCGGCUCCUCUCAAGACUAAGGAGGAGAUCCAGGCCGAGCUUCGAAACAAGAUUGCUCGGGCUACCGCGCAGACCUCGAGCGACGCCGAUAGCAAGGCAGAGGAGGCUGCCAAGGCCGAGGCCGAAGAGAAGGCCAAGGUCGAAGCCGAAGCCAAGGCUAAGAAGGAAGCCGAGGAGAAGGCCAAGGCUGAGGCCGAACAAAAGGCAAAGGAGGAGGCCGAGAAGAAGGCCAAGGAAGAAGCCGCAGCUAAGGCCAAGAAGGAGGCCGAAGACAAGGCCAAGGCCGAAGCCGAGGCUGAAGCUAAGAAGAAGGAGGCUGCUGCCGCUCAGGAGUCUGAGGAAGAGGAAAUGGAGCGAAUUAUCCGUGAGAUGGAAGAAGCCGAUAGGCUCCGUGAGGCCGAAGAGGAGAAGCGCCGCAUCAAGUCGGAGGCUGCCAAGGCCGAGGCUAAGAAGAAGGCGGACGCCGACCGCGCAACCGUCGCUGCCGAGAACGACCGCAAGCUCCGCGAGGCUGAGCGCGAAAUGGAGCGUCUCGAGGAGGAGAAGGAGAGGAGGGCCCAGGCUAACGCUGAUUCUGGCAAGAGCUUCACCGAGCUCCUUGCCCAAGCCCGCAGCGGCAAGGUCGAAGAGUCUGCAGAGUCUCCCAAGGUCGACUCGGUGACCGACAAGCUCGCUACCAUGAGCAUCGGCGGUGAUUCGAAGCCCUCGACCCCCACGUCGGCGACGGGCAAGGGCCCUGAUAAGCAACAGCGUAAGCCUGCCGCGCUUAACCUGUCGAUUACCACCAAGCCCGUCGAGGCGCCCCAGCCCAGUGCCGCCCUCCAGUCGCUCAAGACUUCUCGCUUCCUCACCAUUAAGGAGGCAUCGAACCCCGGUAUCUACGCGGGCAGCAGCCUCGCCUCGCCUAACCCUGCUGUCAACGCCGCCGUGGGUAAGCGUGGCCAGGCUUUCAAGUACGACGCCGCGUUCUUGCUCCAAUUCCAGAAUGUCUUCACCGAGCAGCCUUCUCUUGAGUUCCACGCUCGCCCCAACGCUAGGGAGGCGCCGGUCCCAACGGCUUCCUCCAUGGGCUCGUUUGGCAGGACCCUUCCUCCCGGCACGACCUCGGAGCAGCGCAUCGCCAUGUCCUCUGGUGCCGCACCUCGUCCCACCAUGCCCGGCAUGGGCGGCUUCCGCGGCCCCAGCGGCCAAUUUGCCGGCAGCCUCCUCUCCAACUCGGGCAGGUCACCGUCUAACUCGGGCAUGGGCCCCAACUCGCCUAGACAGCCCAGCGGCCGCGGCCACAGGGCCGGCGGCAGCCAGCGUCCCGGCUACAACUCGCAAAAGGAUGCCCAAGCUGCCAAGACCAUGCCUCUUACUCAAGGCAUGGAUCUGAAGCCCAUUACCGUCUCCGCUGGCGGCUGGAAGCCCACGAGCAUCGGCAGGAAGACGGCCGAGAGCGCCUCGGACCACCUCGAGCCCGAGCUGGUGCAGCGUAAGGUCAAGGCGGCGCUCAACAAGAUGACGCCCGAGAACUUUGACAGGAUCUCGGACCAGAUCCUCACCAUUGCGAAUCAGUCCAAGAACGAGAACGACGGCCGCACGCUCCGCCAAGUUAUUCAGCUCACGUUCGAGAAGGCCACGGAUGAGCCCCAUUUCUCUUCGACGUAUGCCAAGUUCUGCAAGCGCAUGCUCGACCAGAUGUCACCUGACAUCAAGGACGACACCAUCAAGGACAAGCACGGCAAUGUCGUCAACGGCGGCAACCUCUUCCGAAAGUACCUGCUCAACCGCUGCCAGGAAGAGUACGAGCGUGGAUGGAGCGUUCCCGACGCCCCUGAAGGAGAGGAGAAGAAGGUGCAUGGCGCCGAGCUCCUUUCCGACGAAUACUACCUGGCUGCUGCCGCCAAGCGACGAGGUCUCGGUCUUGUCCGCUUUAUCGGCGAGCUGUUCAAGCUUGGCAUGCUUACGGAGCGCAUUAUCCACGGCUGUGUUCACGGCCUGGUCGACUUCAAGGAGGAGCCCAAGGAGGCCGAGAUCGAGUCUCUCUCCUUCCUUCUCAGGACCGUCGGUGCUCAGCUGGAUGCCUCGGAGAAGGGCAAACCUAUGAUGGAUGCCUACUUCAAGCGCAUCCAGAACAUGAUCGAUCUCCCCGAGCUCGAGAACCGUCUCAAGUUUAUGCUCAUGGACGUCCGCGAUCUCCGCCAAGAAGGCUGGAAGUCUGUCGAGGCCAACAAGGGCCCCAAGACUCUCGACGAGGUUCGUGCCGAGGCCGAGCAGGUAGCCGCUGCCAAGGCUGCCGAAGCCGCCCGCAGCCAGCGCGGCGGUGGCGGUCUCAGGCCUCAGAUGGGCCGCGGCGACGCCAGGUCCAUGUCCUCUGGCUACGGCCAAACGACCAAUACUGUCGGUAUGGACGACCUCAAGCGGCUCAAGUCCAACAGCAGGCUGCCCAGCGCCGGCAUCACGCUCGGCCCCCACUCGAUGCUUGCGUCGCGCAGCAACAGUGGCCGCCGCCCCGGUGGUCCUGGUGCCCUUGGCCGUUCCGGAGACAACUCUGGCAUGUCGUCGAGGACCGGCACCCUCCCACGCGGGAGUCGUCCAACACUUUUGGUCUCCUCGCGACGAUGGACUCGGAAAACCCUGUGUCUCCUCCCUCGACUGCGGCGUCCCCGCGUUGUCCAAGGUUGUCCCUGA